AUGGAACAUAAGCUGAAGGAAAAUACACAUGGCAGUGGUAACAUCGGUAACCGCAACAAUGAUAGCCAUUGUGAGGGGAAAGGUAAAAGGACUAAGGCUAGGGGUGGCUUCUCAAAAGGGAAUAAACACCCAGAGCUCCACAAAGUCACGAGUGAAAAUUUGCGGGGAAACAAUUCAGACUCCUCAAAAGGGAGGGGGCGAGAUGAGCUCAGCGACGGUAUAAGGAACGACUUAGUCGAUCAUUUGAUAGAGGGGAUGCCCAUCGAAAAUGCCGAUGAUGGAGAUAUGGGCGAUGGGAAUAACUGCAGACGUGAGAACAGCUACGACCCCGAGAGAAGCUACGAUCCGGAGAAAAGCUACGACACGGUGAGAAGCUACGACCCCCAGAAUAGCUACGACACCGAGAAAAGCUUCCUCCGCGAGGACAGCCAUCCCGAAGGAGCCAGCUGGAGCGAUGACUUGAGCCUCCUGUGCAGAAGCUUCGACAGCGGAAGCGGCGAGCACUCGGAUGAGCCCCCAGACGACAGCGUCGCAGAAUUUAUAAUAAAAAAAAAAAUCUAUGAAAGGAACAUUGCCAUGAUUGAGAGACAAAUACAGACGAAUAAGCUCAACAAGCUUACGCGGGCACGGGAGGCUCUUCUAGAGAUGAUCGUACUAAUAAAAAAUAGGAAACUAAGUUUGAGUUGA